GAAGUAAAUAAACCUAGAACCCGUUGCUGCAGGUUUGGGCUGAGCUGGGAAACGGUUGUGUUGUCGUCUCUCAGCUGAAUAUUUCAGAGUUUCAGCAACAAUGUCUUCAGUUCAGCAUCUGAGAGAGUUUAUCAGCGAGCGACUAACUGCUGCUGCUGAAGAAAUAUUCUCAGAGUUUGAAAAAACCAUCGUCCAGUACGAAGAAGAGAUCGAUCGCCAGCGCAGACUGCUGGAUGUCACCUGGAAACCACAGAUAAAGUUAGAUAAAACAGACCUCCCUGAGCAACGUGUCCAUGAGGAGGAGGAAGUUCUCGAUGAGCAACAACUCUGUAACCAGGAGAAGAACUCCAGUCCGAACCAGGAGGAAUUUCCGGAGAUUAAGGAAGAACAUGAGGAACUUUGCACCAGACAGGAGGGAGAGCAGUUAGAACUGAAGCAGGAGACUGAGAACUCUGUACCAGUUUCCACUUAUCAGAAAAACGAUGUCAGUGAAGCAGAAACAAACACAGAGCAGCUUUCCUCACAUAACUCCCCCUCACCUGAGAUCCAAAAUCAGGAAGGGAACAGGCACAUAGACUCCACUUCUCAAAGAAACCAAAGUCACUGUAACGAUGAUGACUCCCCCAUGUCAGAGAUUCAGUUUGAUUCCGAUACGAUAGAAAAGUCUGCAAAAAGGGAUGUUUAUGAACAAACCUUUAAGAGUGAGACAGAAAUGUUGCAGCAUGACAGAACAGGUGGGAAGCCAUCCGCUCAGCAGACAUGUAAGAAAAGUAUGAGUAAAACUACACUGACUCAUACAAGAAUCCCAAAAGCUGAGAAGCUGCAUUUCUCUGAAAGAUGUGGGAAAAGUUUUUCCCAGAGUCAUCAGUUUAUCCACAUGAGAACCCACACAGGUGAGAAGCUCUUUAAAUGUAAAACAUGUGGGAAAGGUUUCAUUAGACGCGGUAAUUUCUUUAGACACAUGAGAGCCCACGCUGGAGAGAGGACGUAUUCUUGUAAAACAUGUGGGAAAGGCUUCUCUAAACAGUGGAAUUUGUUGAGACACAUGAGAACCCACACCGGUGAGAGGCCUUUUACAUGUGGAACAUGUGGGAAAAAAUGUAGUCAGGGCAGUCAUUUGUUGACCCACAUGAGAGUCCACACUGGAGAAAAACCGUAUAUUUGUGUAACAUGUGGAAAAGGUUUCAGCUGCAGUAGUGCUUUGAGAAGACAUCUGACAAUCCACACUAGUUAGAGGCCUUUCACAUGUGGGGAAAAAAUUCAGUCUGGAUUCUCAUGUGUUGGCCCACAUGAGAAUCCAGACUGGAGAAAAGCUGUGUACUUAUGGAAAGGGUUUCAUCAGAAGAGGUUCUUUGAUAAGUUCACACAUUUGAAAAGUUAUAUUCUUGUGAAAGAUGUGGAAAAUAUUUUCUAAGAAGUAUUUGUUAAUUCACAUGAGAAGUCACCGUAGCAAGAGAUUGUAUUCGUGUAAAAUAUGUGAGAGGAGUUUUGGUACGUUCAUAUGAAAAAUCCCACCGGUGAGAAGCUGUAUCCUUGUGAAACAUGUGGGACAGGUUUGACUUGACAGGGCACUGCGACGCACAUGAGAUUCCACGCAGGUGAAAAGCCUUUUAACGUGGAACAUGUGGGAAGACAUUCAGCCAGAAGUCUCAUUAUCAAUGCUCUGGAGUCUAUACUUUGUUAUCUGCCAGUCAAUAUAUUGAAAUCAAAACUUUUCAAUAUAUUGAGAUUCCACCAUGCUAGAACAAAACAUGGUAUUUGUUUUCUCUUCGGAGAGUUUUAGGCAAUAAACUCAUAUGUUAAAACCAGCUACAGUGUUUUUCCUCCAUGUCUUCUGUGACACAUGAUUAUGGUAGCCUAUCAGACGUGAGGAUGGUGCUGCUGGUGUCAGUGAUGAUGUUUUGAUGUUUUACUGGUUUAAUGCAGGUUCUUGCAUAUGAUGUUUUAUACAAAUAAAACAGAUAAAAUUUGAAUAUUCUUGCAAAACUUUUAAGUAAUUCAACUUAAAAAGGUAAACUAAUAUAUAGACUCAUUAUAUGCAAAGUGAGAUGUUUCAAGCUUUUAUUCAUUAUAAUUAUGAUGAUUGUAG